UAAAGGAGCUAAAGCUGCUGAUGUACUGAUGGUCACAAAUUACAAUCUAAUGGUGUAGAGAGAUGAGACCGGAUGAUAUCAACCCUCGUACAGGACUGGUGGUAGCCUUGGUGAGCAUAUUCCUCGUAUUUGGCUUUAUGUUUACAGUUUCAGGGUUCAAAGGGGAGACUUUGGGAUCAAUCCCACUUAUUGCUAUAGGGCCAGCUAUUUUUCUUCCUGGUGUGGCAGCUAUUACCUUGACCAGGAGAACUGAUGGCUGCACUAAGUGGCCCUAUAAAUACUGUACAUGCUGUUGUAAGAAGGGGAAAGAUAAAGAAAUUGUGGAGCUUCUGAAGACCCCAUCAGACAAGGAAUCUGGCAAAGGGAGUUCUAAUGAGCUGGAUAAAAAGGCAGAAACAAACAAGCAAGACCAAUGUGAACCCAGUAAAAUCACCACAAUAGGGGAUUCAAGGACACUCAACACAAAGGUGGACGGAGAUGAGGUGCAGAGGUAUCUGGACAAGUGCUAUUCCACAAACACAUUACCUGGAGGAGUGGAAAACCAUAACACUUGUUCUGUGUUUGAUAAAAAGUACACCCCAGACAGAAUUAUCUACACCGUCACAGAGGAGAAAGUUACUCUAGACCCUAGAGAUAGUGAUGCAGGAGCCCAUCCUAAAGGGGGGGUCAAUCCUUAUAACAGGUAUUGCUGCUAUGUAAAGACAACAGAAGUGAAGUGGGACCAAGAGACAAUUGUCUAAAACUUAAAUGCACAUAAACCUUUAUAUUGUACUAGGAUGUUUUUGCACUGCAUGACAGAUCCAGGCUCUGUUACCAAUAGUCCAGGUACUUACACCCAACAGCUUUCUGCUAAGUGGUUGCUACAGACCAGCAUGUCUAAGAUCAUGGGUCGCCUGUUUCCUUUGUGACCAUUCUGGCCAAUUGUUUAACGUCUGAACACAGUGCCUUGAUAUGGAGCUGGACAGGUGUGAUCAGCUACAAGACA